UAUACAAACACCCUUUCUCUCUCUGGUAGCAUUAAAAACCUGCUCUUGCUCUUGCUCUACCAUAAAUGCAAUUGCACCCUCUCAAUACGCUCUUCCUCCUUCUCCUUCUCCCCGCAAUAACUCCUCUUCUCUGGCUGCCCGCAUCUCCCCACCUGUUUUCCUCCCUUUCCCUUCUUCUUCCUCCAUCCAUCUUCACCAUCUCUUCCUCCUUUGAUCUGUUCAAAAAUCUCCUACCCUUCCUUUGUUUCUCUCUCUAGCAGUCAUCAUCUCAUCAAGAAAACCCUACUUUCCUCGGCCCUCUUUUUCUCUAGCACAGCAAACACAUCAUUAAGAGGAACAAGGACACAGUCCCAAGAGUCAAACCAGUCCAGCUGCUGAGGUUGAACAAUCAAGCUCCUUGGUCUCGAAGUAAAAGGAAGAAGAAACCCUAAUCUGGGGGGUAAGUCCUUGUUUUGCUCAUAACCCUUUCAUCUUCCUGUAUAGUUGUAUCUAGUCUUGCAGUCUACUGAGCUUGAUUCUCAAUCCGAUCCACGAGAAUUCUGAUGGAGGUCUAGGAGUUAAUAGGUUUACGUUAGUGUUUUAUGAGGAGAGAGAGAGAGUGGAAAAUGAGGAAUGGCGAUGGGAUUUUGCCGAGAUCUUAGCGGCCAAGCGUUAUGAACUUUUUUUUUUGGGGUUGUUGUAAGGUUUAUUACAAUAAUUUUCUUGUUCCGUUGUUGUAACUUGUAAGUGUUAAGACCUUAUUAUACGGUGUUGCGGUGGUGAUAAUAAUAAGGGGGAAAAGAAGCCAUCUCUCUCCUUUUUCUUUCUCAGACUUGGUAAUGUAAUGAGAGUCGAGAGACCUUUGUUUUUUUUUUCUUCCCCAGAGAAUCUAGUAAGAAGUCAAAAGGAUGUGCAUAAAACUAAACAAAAACCCAACAAUUUCUACUUACUGAAAACUUGCUUUUGCUUCCUACUUACUUACUUACCCUCUCUCUCUGUUGAUUUGCCUUCUUCUUUCCCUAGGGUUUCUCUUGAUGUGAAAGAAAGAAGCUCUCAGAAAAAGUUCUCCACACACAUAUAAACAUGCAUUGCAAGAUGGAGAUCCAUACCCGCGAAAGGUCCCCCGAUCUUGGCUAGCUACCUAAAUCUAGCCCGCAAGCUUUACUCUCCAACCACACAAAGGUACACUACUGCUAUAUCUCUCACUCUUGUUCUAUUUGCGAGGGUUUUCGUUUAGAUACUCGAAACCCGAACAAGAUGAAAACAGUGAUUCGUUUGCAUCCUCUAGUUCAUGUACCGUGUAAACAAGUUUCUUCUUCCAUUCUGUAAACCGUUUACGUUUCUUCCCAAUUACCAUUGGCCAUCCAAAGCAUUUGGACUCUCCCUUAAUUAAUCUUCGAGAUCUCUCCCUCUCUCUCUCUCUCUCUCCCUGUCUCUCUUGCUUUUUUUUCACACGCUUGCCUUAUCACAUUCUUCUUCCCGUUUUCUCAGUUAACGCGUGUACGUACUAAAUCUCUCUUAUCAUUUUUCAGGAUUCUUAAGGAGCAAUAGUACGAGGAGCACUGGACAAUAGUUGCAGUGAGAAAGUACAUUGGUGGCAAAGAUGUUCCAACCAAACAUGUUCGACAGCCCGCACAUCUUCGAGAUGACCUCGAAGGCGUUCGAGGCCGAGAUGGGCAAGUCGAGGGACUUGAUGGACGACUACGAGACCAAGUCGGGAACCGAGACCAUGGGCGGAGCCGAUCCGUCGGGGGAUGACCUAGAUGGCAGCCCGACGCAGCCGCCGAACAAGAAGAAGCGGUACCACCGCCACACUCAGCGCCAAAUCCAAGAGAUGGAGGCCUUCUUCAAGGAGUGCCCCCAUCCGGACGACAAGCAGAGGAAAGAGCUGAGCAGGGAGUUAGGGUUGGAGCCGUUGCAAGUCAAGUUUUGGUUCCAGAACAAGCGCACUCAAAUGAAGGCACAACACGAGCGCCACGAGAACUCGAUCCUGAAGUCGGAGAACGACAAGCUCCGCGCUGAGAACAACCGCUACAAGGAAGCCCUAACCAACGCCUCGUGCCCUAACUGCGGCGGCCCCGCCGCCCUCGGCGAGAUGUCGUUCGACGAGCAGCACCUCAGGAUCGAGAACGCCCGCUUAAGAGAGGAGAUCGACAGGAUUUCGGCCAUAGCAGCCAAGUACGUGGGCAAGCCGAUCAACUCAUUCUCCUCCCAUCUCUCCCCACACCUACCCUCCCGCUCGUCGAUCGACUUCGGCGGGCAACCUUCAGCCGGCGGCUUCGUCGGUGAAAUGUACGGUGCCGCCUCGGACCUGUUGAGGUCGGUGGCUGGCCCCACUGAGGCCGACAAGCCUAUGAUCGUCGAGCUGGCCGUGGCGGCGAUGGAGGAACUCGUGAGGAUGGCUCAGGCAGGGGAGCCCUUGUGGGUCCCAGCGGCGGCGGCGGGCGGUGGAGAUCAUCAGUUUCUUCAUCAGGGAAGUAGUAAUAUUGUCGGCGAGAUGCUUAACGAGGAGGAGUACUUGAGGACGUUCCCGAGAGGGAUUGGGCCGAAGCCGUUGGGCCUCAGGUCGGAGGCCUCGAGGGAGUCGGCUGUGGUGAUCAUGAACCAUGUCAAUCUCGUUGAGAUCUUGAUGGACGUGAACCAAUGGUCGACUGUGUUCUGUGGGAUUGUGUCUCGAGCCAUGACUCUAGAAGUGCUAUCAACUGGCGUUGCUGGGAACUACAAUGGCGCCUUGCAAGUGAUGACAGCUGAGUUCCAAGUUCCUUCACCGUUAGUUCCGACGAGGGAGAAUUACUUCGUAAGGUAUUGUAAGCAGCAGAGCGACGGAACAUGGGCAGUCGUCGACGUCUCAUUGGACAGCCUCCGCCCGAGCCCGCUCUCCAAGAACAGAAGAAGGCCUUCCGGCUGUCUAAUCCAAGAACUACCAAACGGUUACUCCAAGGUGAUGUGGGUCGAACACAUCGAAGUCGACGACUCAUCGGUCCACAACAUCUACCGGCCGCUGGUCCACUCCGGUCUAGCCUUCGGGGCCAAAAGAUGGGUCGCCACGCUGGACCGGCAGUGCGAGCGGCUGGCCAGCUCCAUGGCCAUGAACAUUCCCGCUGGCGAUCUCUGUGUGAUGACGGGGCCGGAAGGGAGGAAGAGCAUGCUGAAGCUGGCGGAGAGAAUGGUGAUGAGCUUCUGCACCGGCGUCGGCGCCUCCACGGCCCACGCCUGGACGACGCUGUCACCGUCGGGGACCGACGACGUUCGUGUCAUGACGAGGAAGAGCAUGGACGAUCCCGGCAGGCCACCGGGGAUCGUACUCAGCGCCGCCACUUCUUUCUGGAUCUCCGUUCCUCCCAAGAGGGUUUUCGAUUUCCUCAGGGACGAGAACCACCGCAGCGAGUGGGAUAUACUCUCCAAUGGCGGCCAAGUUCAAGAAAUUGCCCACAUUGCCAACGGACGCGAUCCAGGCAACUGCGUCUCAUUGCUUCGAGUCAACAGCGCGAACUCGAGCCAGAGCAACAUGCUGAUACUGCAGGAGAGCUGCGUUGACGCGACGGGGUCGUACGUGAUCUACGCGCCGGUGGAUAUCGCCGCCAUGAACCUCGUGAUCAGCGGCGGGGACCCGGACUACGUGGCGCUGCUCCCUUCGGGGUUCGCGAUUCUGCCCGACAGGCCGACGGCGGCGGCGUUCAACCCUGCGGAAGGGAUCGUCGACGACGUGGGCUCCGGCGGGACUCUGCUCACCGUGGCGUUUCAGAUACUUGUGGAUUCGGUCCCCACGGCGAAGCUCUCGCUUGGGUCGGUGGCGACGGUGAAUAGUCUGAUCAAGUGCACGGUGGAGAGGAUCAAGGAGGCCGUCGCAGGGAAGACCGCAUAAAAUAAGGUAAAAAUAAAUCGCUAUCUAUUUAUUCAUUCAUUUUUUUUACUUCUGCUGCGGUAAAAUCUUGAUUAUUGAAUUAAGGCUAUUAUUCAUUCAUUAAGGAUAUUAAGGAAGAAACGGGAAGAAGUCAAGAACGCACCUAAGGUGAUCCUUUUGAUGAAGUGGGAAAGAAGUCAAAGGGUUGUAGCUAGGUUCGGGUAUUGACUUUGCCUAACUUCGAAGAUUUGGAGGUGGAGAGCAAAAGGAGAGGAAGUUCUUUUAAGUGUAAAAGUCGAAAGUACGAUAUUAUUAAUUUAUCUUUGUUCAUUGCUAUAUCAAUGAUGGAUUAUCGUGUUGUGUUAGAGAUUAUCCUUUAAUUUUGUAUUUAGGGUUUUGAUUAAAUAGGGGGUUGGUGUUUGAGUAGCAUUUUGGAAAAUUAGUGAUUGUGUAUGUUAGAGGCUAAUGUUAGAACUCCAAGUACAUUUGUUUUUUAGUUUUAGAACUUUUGUCUAAUGAGUAAUUGUCCAUUUCCUGUUCUCAUUAGCAUUUAUCAUUUACUUUAACACCUUUAACUAUGGAAUUAUCAUAUCUCCUGUUCAUAGUAGGAAUAGCUUUGAUCUAACACGAAUCGAUUUACAAAUAUUAUAAGAAAUAACUUUUUUUUAUCAUCAUGUAAUAUUAUUAUGGUAAUUUGUUUUUUCUAUAACUUGAACAUUAUAACAUCUUUUAAAAUAAUUAUCGAAGAGUCAAACAAUCUAUUACACCAUAAAUAUGAACAAAAUAUUUCUUUCAUUUACGGUUAGUACCAAACCAACCCCUUGAAAUUAACGAUGACAAAAUCAAUUUAUACUAUGAUUUCUGAUCAUGUUGAUGCAAGUUAUGUAGAUAUCUCGUUAUAUGUUUUUCUUGUGACCGGUCGGGAAAAUAACAAAGUAAAUAACAUAUUUGGUUUAUCAACCUGAUGCGUGUUAGCUAAUUCACGAACAUGAAAGACCAGUUUGACUAUACUUCAGAAGAUAUCGAUUACAGAGUAUUUGAGAAGGCUUAUAUAUAUGAACCUAGCUUGUCCAUCCAGCCAAAUUCCUAGUCAAUAUGGAGAUGAAAAGGUUGCAGACAAGGUUUAAAACUAGAGGGGAAAAUAUAUCUGUACAAGUGAAACCCAUAUACCAUGGAUCAUGACAUAUUUUCUCUAGUCACAAGAGAUAAUCAGAUUUCAAAUCACAUCAAUAGUUUUGAUGACAUAUCUCGAGUACAACUAGACUAGAAAAACCUUGUACAUUAAUGUCUGCCUUUAAAUUUUGGUGAACUCUGUUUUAUUUUUCAUUUAACAAAUUUGUUAACUCUAACUAGACACUUGCAUAUUCCAUGAUUCUAACUCUUAGGUUGUCUAAUUACAAACUCUACCACAACUAAUUUUCGGAUGAUAUGUUAUUGCAAGAGACCAACAUAAGUAAGAAGAGGCCAGCUAGUCAAGUCCUCCCAAUAUUUUCUACAAGUGUAUUGACUUACAACUCUCAUCAAUGUUUUGGUCAGUCGCGUAGUUGAUUGUAUUUUUUUGUGACCUGUUAUACGAGGAGUAAUCUAAGUUCAGGCGAAAAAUUUCUUAGGUCAUAUCUUACAACAUAAAUUAAAUACAAAUGACAUGAUUAUGCUAUUCUUAAGAACGUAACAAGAAAAGCAUUACUAAAUUGAGAAUGGAAUAUUCUAAAUUUCUGAUGAUAUUUUAGCUGGAGAAACAGCUGCGUCAUGUUUUACGAUGAGGAUUAGACACAAACAAACCAUGAAAGAGACCCAUUAGCUAGCUUGUUACCAUGUGAGGUGCUUCAAGGUACCAUGUGAGGUGCUUUAAGGUAAUAUCAUAUCAUCAACUGGAAUUCAAGUCCAGGUCUACUACGUACUAGCAACAGAUGGAAUUAUAUAAAUGGCCUUCUCAAUUGAGCAUUUAAACAACGUUUCCACAUGGAACUGAUAGAAACCUAAUUUUUAGGGUAUAUCAUUAUAGUAUUUAUUAGCAUAUUAUUAGAGAUGGUUAGUAGUCAUUGAGUCGUAUUAGGAUAGUCUAUUAGGUUUUCUAGUCUUUUGCUAUAAAUAUGUCAUAGGCAGUCAAGAAGAAUAUUAAGAAAACUCUUCCCAAACCCUAAUCUCCCUAUCCUCUCAAUUCUCGUUCUCAACCCUCUAAAGGCCUAGGCCGAUUCUCUAUCUUUCUCUUCUCAAAUCCCUAAUUCUGUUCUUAAUCCCUAAAUCCCAAUUACCGAUAGAAUCCUAGAAACAAGUUCUAUCAGGAACACUUCCUUGGACAUUUAUAUAGUGCAACAUAUUAAGAAUGAGGAAUUUUACAAUGCUAUAUAGUAUUGGUGCUAUAGGUUUUUGUCUUUAUGGUACAACUUGAAAUUGUACCUUUAACGUUAUGGUACAACUUCGGAUUGUACAUAUACUUUUUGUACAGAUCCUUUUAUGGUACAACUUGAACUUGUACCUUUAUGUGAUGGUACAACUUCAAGUUGUAAAGUUGUAUCAUAACAUAAUAAUACAAAUUCCUUUAUGGUACAACCUAAACUUAUACAUUAAAUGUUAUGGUACAACUUCAAGUUGUACAUUAAAGCACCAAUAAUAUAUAGCAUAGUAGUAGUCCUCAUUAAGAAUCAGUUGAUUGCAGUAACUCGAAUUGUUGAUAUAUGUUAAGUUGUAGAUCUUAUACUAUUUACUAAUGACCCGAGUUAUGGAACCAACUCGUUCUUGACAAGGUAGUAUAGCAUUUUGUGAUCGCGAAAUUUUCUAUUAUACUUGCAACCCCAUUUGUUAAGCACAUGGGUAUUUCGAACCUGUACUUCAAGCCAAUAUGAAUGACUUUGGUCUAAGAGGGUGUGUGUUAGUAUAAUAUGUGGUAUAAGAUUCAUUAUCGAACCUCUCCCAAAAAACUCGAGUUAUUGAGACCAACUUAUUCUUGACAUGAUAUUAGAGCAUUCCGUAACUAAGAGGUCUUGAGUUCGAAUCUGAACGGUAUACAUUUGUCAAGCACAUAGUAUUCAAACCUGUGCAAACUUCAAGCACAUAUGAAUGACUUUCAUUACAGAGAGCGUAUUUUUUUACGGUUAAUAUAUGGUAUAAGAUUCAUUAUCAAACCUCUCCCAACAAGUCCUCCUAUUCACAACCAACUGCUUCUUAACCCAACAAACAACAGAGGACUAUCAAUAAUUCAACAGUACUACACUACGCGUACGAACAGUGCCACAAAGACGAAGGACUGGUUGUUGGCGAUGGCGCGAAAAGGAAGCCAUAGCCAACCAUUAUGUGCAUUGAUAUUGACACGCUUAAUAUUCUUCUUCUGUGCUGCUGCUGCUGCAACGUACGUAGCUGCACCUGCCACUCUCGCUUCCCUUUCUUCCAUUUAAUUUCGUCCUUUUCGAUAUAGUAUAGUGCCCCAUCACACAAUUGAGUUGGCCACAUGGCGGAGGUUCACAAGACAUCGCCUACUUGCGAAGUCUUGUCAGGUGGUUUGGUUUUGGUAGUAUUCGCAGAAUACAGAUUUACCAGCUCA